AUGCCGAGAAAAGUCAUUGGAACAUCUCUUUCAUCAGUGGCGUAUAUAAACUCGGAUAGAACGGUUGCAGAUGUUCUGGAAAAUCAAGAAAACGUGUUAUACAGUAGUUAUAGCCAAGAAAUAGGGCUCUGGGGUCCUUAUGGAGGCAUCAAAGAAGAUCCUUUCUUAUUCUUCCUGGAUAAACCCGAUAAGACUGAAGUUGGAGGGCUGAUGGUGGAUGUCAGUGGAAAAAAUAUCCCGAAAUGUAAAAUUUUUCGAGAAGCCGAUAUCCGAUUUCCCAUGUAG